AUUAAAAGCAAGUAGACAUUACAAACUCCAAGAUGGAAAAGAAUGAAGAGGCUAAAAAGAAUGUAAAGGCAGGAUAGAAGGACCAAACUGCACGCUGGCACUAUUUGGAAUGUCGUUGCGGAAUGUUUUUUUUCUUUCCAUUUCUUGAGCUCUCCUGUAAUGAGAGACUGAGAACUAGCAUCUUUGCUUUUUAAUUGACGUUUUCCUGGCGUCCGUUAUUCUGGAAACUUUAUGUAAGGCACACCAGACUUAAAGUCAUAUUAUUUUAUUAAAACAGAACGGCAUUUCAAAACUGUAAAUGAUUUAUUCGUGUUCAUAAUUUGUCAGCACAAGGACCGGAAAUUCAGAGUAGUGGAAACCUGGACUUUUUGGUAAUGGCAAACAUGGACACUUCAGCUUUAACUCUGAAGAUUUGAAUUUUGACUGCUUCCUGUUUGAUUCACUUGUGGAAUACGGUCGUUUGAAUACAGACAGACUAAAUUUGAUCUUAAACAGGCGGAAGAAAGGAAAUGGAGAGUAAGCCCAUCAAUUCAUUUUUGGACAAAUUAACAGUCUUUUUUACUCCACAAAAAGAUGUUCAAAGGCAGGAUGGUUUGGAUGAUCAAUGGGAUGCUUUUGAUAUAAUUAAGACUUCAAUGACAAAUGCUGAGGAAGACAAAACAAAGGACAAUGGCAACAGAUCAGAGCAUCAAAAUGUUACUGAAACUGCUGGAAUUGAUUUUUCUUCAAAAAAGGAGGACGUGGACUUGGACCUGAAUGUUGACCACCAGGGAGAUAAUUACGAUAAAACAUCAGCAGCACGCCAGACUGACCAGGAUGUAACAGAUGGUCAAGCUGACACACCGUCUAAAUCACUUAGCGAGGUCUCAGCCAGUGACAGCGCUAACAGACUGGACAAACAACUUGAAAACCCAGCACUUGGUACAGUGGAUGACAAAGAACCUGUUUUUAGAGAAGGAUCUUCAGACAACGAUAAAGAGUUUGUUUCAAAAAGCAAUAAGGAUAUGAGCAAAAACAGACUUGAUCAGGACAUUUCGGCAAAUGAGACCGUUGGUAUGGAAUCGGGUAUAACAAAUGACAAGCUGUUUGGUGUUGUGGAAAAUGAGAAAGAAAAAGACCACAUAGAGGAAACCAGUAGCAGCAAAGAAACACUGACAGUUUUCAGAGAGGACACUGAGGAAGAAGCAUUGAAAGACAAAGUCUGUCAGGACGUCCUCACAGACGCUCAAUGUAUCAAACUGUACCAGAAGGAAACGGAGAGUAAGCCAUUCAAUUCAUUUUUGGACAAAUUAACAAUCUUUUUUACUCAACAUAAAGGUGUUCAAAAGCAAGAUGGUUUUGAUGAUAAAGGGAACGCUUUUGAUAUAAUUAAGACUUCGCAAACAAAUGCUGAGGAAGACAAAACAAAGGACCAUGUGAACAGAUCAGAGCAUCAGAAUGUUACUGAAACUAAUGAAGCUGAUUUUUCUUCAGAAAAGGAGAAAGUGGACUUGGACCUGAAUGUUGACCAUGAGGGAGAUAAGCAUGAUAAAACAUCAGCAGCAUGCCAGACUGACCAGGAUGUAGCUGAUGGUCAAGCUGACAUGCCAUCUAAAUCGCUUAGCGAGGUCUCAGCCAGUGACAGUGCUAACAAACUGGACAAACAACUUGAAAACCCAGCACUCAGUAUAGUGGAUGACAAAGCACCUGUUUUUAGAGGCGGAUCUUCAGGCAUUGAUGAAGAGUUUGUUUCAAAAAGCAAUAAUAAGGAUAUGAGCAAAAACAUACUCAAUCAGGACAUAUCUUCAGGUGAGACCAUUGUUAUGGAAAAUGAGAGAGAAGACCACAGAGAGGAAAAAAGCAGCAGCAAAGAAACGGUGACAGUUUUCAGAGAGAACGCUGAAGGACAACCAUUGAAAGACAGAGUCUUUCAGGACUCCCUCACAGACACUGAAAGUACAAGUAUUCCCUCUGACAGAAAUAAUCUGACUGAAUUUUUAAUAACAGAGUCUUUGGAUUCAUCCACGAAUAACAAUAAUGACUUUUCAGUGCAGAGCCAGCAGGAAGGUUCUGCUGCUGAGAGCAAAACAGAGUCUAAUGGAAAUCUUCAAAGCGCUGCAGAUGUUCCAGAGGAAACCAAAGCUGGUGUAAAUAAACAAACUCGGACUAACCACCACCAGACAUCCACAAACAUGGACAUUCAGACAAUGUUAACACAUUGUGAAGCUCACAGUCUCGUCGAUAAAAAGGUCUCAAACUCACCUGCGAAUACCAGAACUGUAGUCAUAACCCUUACACGUGUUGAAGAUCUUUCUGCAGGAUCAUGUGUUGAUGCUGAAAAGAUCCAAUCGAGAGAUGAGAUUGUGGUUGGUAAAGCUGCAUGCAGUGGAAGCGGCACAGAAUCAGACAGUUUUCUGGAGGUCCAUCCAUCUACAACAAGCCAGAAGAACCAGAUGAAGCAUUCUGAGACUGGAGGUGAGAUUUCAGAAGGUUCUGACCUCUGUGACACUGAAGACCUUGAUAAAAAGACUAAUUCAGAACCAGAACUGCUACCUCCAUCCAUGGUGAUAAAAGUGCGUACAGAAGAAGAAGUGAAUAAAGAGAACAAAGAAGAGAUUAUGUUAGAUACCGAUUCAUCUUCUAUUGAGAAGACCACAACGGACCAAACCUCCAAAGCCGUAAAAGAAAAACCAGUCCAACUGUCGUCCCUUUUCACCGGGCUCCUCAGCCCCAAGAAAGAAGCCCUUGAGGAAAAAGACACUCUAGAGGAACCCCAAAGCCCUGCCAAAAAAGGACUUUUUGCCGAUCAGUCUAACAAGAAAGAAGUCAAGGGAGACUUUCUAGAACAGCUUACCCAGUUCCUCAGCAAGGGGGAAGGGAAGAGAAAGCAGGAGAGCAUGACAAGCCCCCCACUGUCUCCAAUCAGUCAGGAACUUGGAGAAAACCCAGAAACAUCUGUAGAGGAGCCGGCCGUUCCCCAGUCUGAGGAAACAAACAAAUCUACAAAUGCAGAGACGGCCUUAGGUGCACUGAAGGCUUUCUUCACAGUUAAAUCUGCCAAGAAGGAGGCUUCGAACCGCAAGGACCUGGACACUGUAAAGAAGAAAAUCAACAGGGACAAAGACGUCCUCAAAUCCUUCUUUGAUAGGAACUCAAGCAAGUCUCCAGACAACAAAGAAACUGAUUCCAAAGUUGAGGUGAGUGAGGAGCACACCCCAAAGCGACUUCAGACUGUUUGGCCUCCACCAAAACCCAAAGACGAAGAGGAAAAGAUUGGUCUAAAAUACACUGAAGCUGAGCAUCAGGCAGCUCUUCUGCAGCUAAAAAGAGAAUGUAAUGAAGAGGUGGAGAAAUUACAGGCCGACUUCAAACUUGAGCUUUUCCGGUUACAAAAAAAGAAUGAAGAGGACCUCUCCAGACUAGGGGCAACAAUUGCCAGCUUACAAAGAGAGAGGGACAAAGAGAGAGACAAAGAUCACAGAGAUGCUGCUGUGUCCACUGAAGACAACAUCAAACCACGGGUCUUCCGCUCUGUGUGUAUUCAGACAGAAAGAGACACACUCAUCAAGCCUGAGGAUGCCAAGGAAGCCCAGAGCAGGAGUUUUGACCCCCUGCCUAAAAAUGCUGACCUCAGCUCAACAAAAAACUUCACUGACAAACAAAAGACAGAUCCUCAUCCAGCUCCCUCACCUGUAUCGCUUCAAUUACAGAUGGAUAGUAACAAUAUUCCACCCCAUCCUCCUCCACCUCCUCCUCUUCCUCCUCCUCCAGGCCCUUGUACUCCUAAUGCACCUCCACUUCCUGCUCAGCCACUGGAUAAGCCAGGAAGUGUGCCUCCUCCACCUCCUCCACCACCUCCACCUAUGAGAGGAUGCGGUCUGCCUCCACCACCACCACCCAUCUUCCACUCUGCCCCCCCUCCUCCUGGAGUUGGUAUCUUCCCCUGUGAAGCAGCUGACAAUCCUCCUCGCAAACCAACAGUGGAGCCGGUCUGUCCAAUGAAACCGCUGUACUGGACACGGAUACAGAUUCAAGAUAACAGGAACAAUAUGCUAUGGAGUUCCCUGGAAGAGCCAGAGAUAAUAAACACCAAUGAGUUUGCGGAACUGUUUGCUAAAGCCACAUCGCCCACCAAGAGAAAGCCCCUAUCGGAAGCCUACGAGAAGAAAACCAAAGCCAGGAAGGUUAUUAAAUUACUGGAUGGCAAGCGUUCUCAAGCCGUAGGCAUCUUAAUCUCAAGUCUCCAUCUGGAGAUGAAGGACAUCGAACAAGCUGUUUUGACUCUGGACAAUUCUGUGGUUGACUUGGAUGCUAUUGAAGCCCUGUAUGAAAAUAGAGCUCAGCCUGAGGAGUUAGAGAAGAUUAAGAAACACUAUGAAACCUCAGACGAGGAGCAGGUCAAACUACUGGACAAGCCUGAACAGUUCCUGUAUGAACUCUCCCAGAUCCCUGAGUUCUCCAGUCGAGUUCACUGUUUCAUUUUUCAGUCGAAGUUCACUGACGCCGUUGCCUCCAUACAGCGCAAGACCGAGAUUAUUCUUCACGUCUGCAAGUAUCUGUUGGAGAAAGACAGUGUGAGGGAGGUGAUGGGACUGGUGCUUGCUCUGGGAAACUACAUGAAUGGAGGCAGCAGAGCUCGAGGACAGGCCGACGGCUUCGGGCUUGAGAUUCUUCCCAAGCUUAAAGACGUCAAGAGCAGGGAAAACCAAAUUUGUUUGUUGGACUACAUUGUUUCCUACUAUCUGCGUCACCUUGAUGAGAAUGCUGGGACAGAAAAGAGCAUCUUUCCUUUGCCCGAACCUCAAGAUGUUUUCCUUUCCUCCCAAGUGAAGUUUGAUGACCUCUCAAAGGACCUCAGAAAGCUGAACAGAGACCUGACAGUUUGUGAAAAGGAUGUCCUAACUGUGUGUACCAACUCAUCCCAUGAGCACGUACAUCCCUUCAAGGAGAAAAUGGAUGUUUUCAUUGCCAGCGCACAAAAAGAGCUAAUUACAGUGGAACAUCAAGUGAUAUCGGCACGUAAAAGCUUCUCUGACUUCGUAGAGUACUUUGGACUAAAGCCACGCUCCGGAGAGCAAGAGAUUGUGCCUGGUCAUGUUUUCACACUUUGGUUUGAAUUCUGUAAUGAUUUCAAGAUCAGAUGGAAGAGAGAGAACAAGGUCAUAUCCAAACAGAGAAUUAAAGAGGCCCAACAGUUAGUGCGCAACAUGAAAGCAGAGAAGAAGAUUGAGACCAGAAGGGCAAAUGCCAACGGACUGAAAGAGAGACUGCGUAUGAAAGAAGCAAGUCUGACCACCAGCUAAUUUCCUCUGCCAUUUCCAAAGAGGACGAAGAGGAUGUUUAUAUUUAUAUUAUAACGAUUUUAAUGUUUUUAAAGAACUCUUCUGCUCACCAAGCCUGCAUUUAUUUGAUCCAAAGUUCAAAAACAGUACAAUUUUGAAAUAUUUUUACUAUUUAAAACAGCUGUCUUCUAUUCAAAUAUAUUUUAAAAUGUAAUUUAUUCCUGUGAUUUCAAAGCUGCAAUUUUUAGCAUUAUUAGUUCGGUCACAUGAUCCUUCAGAAAUCACGCUAAUAUUCUAAUUUGCUGAAUAUUAUGUUGAAAACAGGUUUUUUCUGGUUUCUUUGAUGAAUAAAGAGUUCAGAAGAACAGCAUUUAUCUGAAAUAGAAAUGUAACAUUAUAAAUGCCUUUAUCAUCACUUUAUAUCAAUUUAAAGCAUCCUUGCUAAAUAAAACUAUUAAUUUCUAUAAAAAAUUAUACUGACAUCAAGCUUUUGAAUGGUAUAGUGUAUAAUGUUACAGAAGUUUUUUUAUUACAGAUAAAUGCUGAUUUUGGAAUCGUUCUAUUCAUCAAAGAAUCCUGAAAAACGUACUCAACUGUUUUAAUUUUUGAUAUUAAUAAUAAAUAUGUCUUGAACAGCAAAUCAGCAUAUUAG